UGCCGACCGUAUUCGUAAUGGCGUGCGACGGCUAGGAAAAGGGCAACAACGCGCACGAGUGCUCGGGUUUUCGUCGGUUGUAGAAAACAGGAAGUGCGUCGGUGCGUGCGUGGUGUGACGGUAUCGCGAAAAUGACAGCGUCGUCGAGCGUCCUGCCGUCGUAUCAGCGGUUCGUGAACGGUGUGCCGGUGUCCUUGUUCUCGAGACGGUCGUUCCGUCCGCGUGGAAAGUACCUGAUCCUGUUGGUGUCGUGUGUAUUGUCGUUCGGUGUCGUGUGUUUCGGUAUGUUCUUCUUUCUGCCGGAUUUCCGCUCGGGGACCGGCGGCGCGGCCGUGAACAGUGUCUACCGUGUGUACCAGCACAUGCAGAAAGCGGGACCGGAGUUGCUCAUACCGGCGCCACCUCGUAUGCAAAUGGGUUUGAAGGGCCCCGCGGCCCACCUGAACGACGUGCCACCCGGCCACGAGGGCGCCGAUCAUCAGGAUGUCCAUUUACUCGAGGACAAGCAAAAGCUGCAGGCGAAGAUCGACGAGGAGUACCAGCACCAGAAGACGCUGGAAAAGCCGGAAGUGAAUGUUGGUGAUUCGCGAGUGCGUACGAGUAGUUCGUCGUCGUUGAUCGUCCACUGGAAGGACGACGUUCUGGAGACAGUGCCACCAGCUCCAGCGGAUAAGCUACCCUUGUCCGUCGGCGGGGAGGAUGAGGACGCCGUCGCCGGAAAGCGAAGGGACAAGGUGAAAGAGGUGAGUCUUCUAAGAUUCUCCUAA